AUGACUAAUAAUACUGUCAGCCUUCCAUAAACAGAUAAUUAAGUCACUCUUGAAGAAAAGAAAAUUAAAAGAGGUGUCGACAUUACUUGGAAAAAUGUCACAUACACAGCUCAUACUAAAAAGUAUCAUCGUGAGAUUCUCAAAGGGUUGUCAGGUAUUUGUAAGUAAGGGGAAAUGACUGCGAUUAUGGGCAGUUCAGGAGCAGGAAAAACUACUUUGCUUAAUAUCUUAUGUUGCAGAGCUGAGAAUACAAAUGAAGUUAAAUUGUCAGGAGAAAUUACUGCAAAUGGACAAUCAUUUGAUGCUCGCUCAUUCUCUAAUUUCGCUGCCUAUGUAAUGCAAGAAGAUUUAAUUAUGGAAACAAUGACUGUUUUAGAAGCACUUUAGUUUGCUGCAAAUUUAAAAAUGAAAGGUAGUAAUGAAGAAAAGUAAGCUAAAGUAAAAGAAGUACUCAAAAUCAUGCGCUUAGAAAAAUGCUAGCAUACAUUAAUUGGUGGUUAAAAAAUAAAAGGUGUGACUAAAGGUGAAAAGAAACGUACUUCAAUAGCUUUUGAGUUGGUUAGUGAUCCAGAUGUUAUCUUCCUAGAUGAACCAACUAGUGGUCUAGAUUCUUUCACUGCUUAUAAUGUCGUGGAUGUUUUGCAAUAAUAUGCUAAAGAGUAAAACAAAACUAUUAUUUGUACAAUUCAUCAACCUUCUUCUGAAAUUUUUUAAAAAUUUGACCGUUUGAUACUAUUGGUUGAUGGUAAAUUCAUUUACUAAGGACCUAGAAGUAAAGUUAUUAAACACUUUGGAUCAUUUGGAUUCCAAUGUCCACAAUUGAGUAACCCAGCUGAUUACUUCAUGAGUAUUAUGCAUGCUGAAUCAGAAGAAAACAGAAAUAAUUAUAAAACUUAUUUUGAACAUUUUGAUACAGAUUUAAGACCAUAAAUAGACUAAGAAAUCGCUUAGCAUGGUACUGAAAUUAUUGCUCAUAAAUCAUCAUAAGCUCCUUUUAUGACUGAACUUAAAAUCCUCAUUGAUCGUAAUUUAAAAAAUAUGAAAAGAAAUCCUAUGGAACUCAAGGCAAAGAUAAUGCAAUCAUUGAUUUUAGGUAUUUUUGUAGGAAUAGUAUAUCUUAAUCUCCCUGAUCCUGCUAAUCAUGUAGAUGAUUAACGUGCUGUUAUGGAUUACAAUGGUGCCAUAUUUUUUUUGAUAAUUAACACAAACAUGAACACUUUAUUCCCAAUCGUUCUUUCUUUCCCUCUUGAAAAAGCUGUGUUCUUGAAAGAGGAAAAUGCAAAGUUAUAUUCUAUAGGGGCUUAUCUUUUGGCAAAAUCUAUUGUAGAAAGUAUUUUAUCUUUUAUUUGCCCAGUAAUAUUUAUCGCUAUUAGUUACUACAUGAUAGGGUUAAACGCAAACUUUGGACGCUUUUGCUUCUUCAUUUUGGUUAAUAUUCUAAGUAGCUUUGUAGGAUAAUCUUAAGGGAUGUUUUUUGGUUCCUUAUUUAAAGAUGCCCAUACUGCAAUUGGUGUUACUCCUAUGAUGGUUCUGCCAUUUAUGCUGUUUGGAGGUUUCUAUAAAAAUGUAGAUGACAUGCCUGAUUGGAAUGCUUGGAUACAAUGGUUAUCUCCCUACAGAUAUGCUUUCGAAGCAUCAGUACGUAGCAAUUAUGUUGGUACACCAUUCACAAUUGAUGUUGUAGGUUAAACGAACUUAAAUUUAGGAAAAUGGAUGUGCAUGCUAUUACUCUUGAUUUUAUUUUUAGCAUACUUAAUAUUAACUUACUUGUUAUUAAAAUUCAAAAAAUAACGUUUAUAAUGA